GGGAGUGUGUCAGUGUGUGUGCAGACGCAGGGGCUAACCUAACACUCCUCUAGCAGCACAGCUAGUCAGAUCAUUUGUCCACUCGCCGGUGUGUCUGAGAGUGUGUGUGUGUGAGUGUGUGUGGAGACUUGAGGAGCUGCUCUCUACGACGUCACGCACGCGAGAGGGAGACCCACUAAGCAGAGGAAGGUCUCCAUCCUUACACAUUGGACUGAGGACAGUCAACAAGCCACGGUCAGCGACAGACAGACAGAGUAACUUCUUCCAGAGUUGGAUGUGCUGGGGAGAUGAUGUGCUUUUGAAACCAACAAGCUGAAGUGGAUAUUAACCCCGUAUUGACAGAACCGGAGAACUCUCUGAAGGGACCUUCAGCUCUCAGCAAGGACUUCACUCCAGGAGUGUGUGUCUGUGUGUGUGUGUGUGUGCGUGUGUGCGUGUGUGCGUGUGUGCGUGUGUGUGUGUGUGGGAGCAUUUAUCGGUGUGUACCAUCAUGGAUCAGCCAGCCAGCAGCUGCAUGCGGAGCGCCCACCCCGGCAGCCCCAUUUGGGGGUGCGUGAGGAACCCUCACCCCGGAGCGGGGCUCCAGUCACCCUACCAGCAGGCCCCCUUCUCCCUGCACCAAAAGCCUGAGUUCCUGGCCUACACAGACUUCUCCACCUCCUGCCUGGUGCCUGCGCCCCACGCCAGCUUCCCCCGCGACGACAGACUCUACCCAGAGCCCCAUGCGGGCUUCCAGAGGGCCGACUGGCAGUUCCCCCAGUGUGAGACGCGGGGCCGGGGGCAGGAGGCCUGUCUGGGGGAGCCCGUGGCGGUGGGUGGUGGAGGAGUGGUGGGGGGCAUAGACAGCACAGGUGGGGACAGGCUGCCAGGGGCAGUGGCCGGGUGUCUUGAGGGGGAGUACUCGCCACAGAGCAUGGCAUCGGCCGACACAGAGAAGAAGAGCUCCAAGAGGAAGAGAGACAUAGCAGAUAUUCAGGACUUCAAGGUGGACUCGAACUGCAAAGCGAGGAAAGAGCGCACAGCGUUCACCAAAGAGCAGCUCCGGGAACUGGAAACGGAGUUCACCCACCAUAACUACCUGACCAGACUGCGUCGCUAUGAGAUCGCUGUCAACCUGGACCUCACGGAGAGACAGGUGAAGGUGUGGUUCCAGAACAGGAGGAUGAAGUGGAAGAGGGUGAAAGGAGGACAGCCUGCUUCCCCUAACGACCUGGAGACGGACGACAUAGACUCUGCUGCCUCACCCAGCUCAGAGUGAGGGGAAACAGGCUGUCCUGAUAGGAGUCCCCCCGACACAAACAUCCACAGAGAACACCAGCCAUCUUAUAAUAUCCCUGGAGAGUCGGUUGCUGGAACAGAGCAUUUCUUAGUCAGUCUGAACCCCAGUGUUUCCCCUUUUGUAAAUACGGUAGUACUUGGUCUGGCAAGGUCCAAAGUCUUUUUUACACUUCUCUGUCGAAUGAGGACAAUAUUAGAUCUAACUUGAAAGGGGUUGUAAUAUUUUCUAUACCCAUACAAUCUAACUCUUGGAGCAUUACUGCGAUGGGAGUAUAGGAAUAAAUACAUUACGGAAUGGAUUAAUCUUAGUGUAGACUACAUGUUGCAGUUUAUCACCUUGCCCGAGUGAGCACUUGUAGCUCAGCAAUGACAAGUCUGUGAUUCGAUUUUCUUUUGGGAACAUCUCCUCAGUUCUCGAUCCGUAAUCAUGGCCCUCAAUGCUUGACUGCAGCCACCUGCGGACACUCAAACCGUUUCAGCGUUGCCAAACCUUAAGUGCCUCAAAAUCUGAUUUUAUUCAAAGUUGUGUUGUUACGUUUUCCUAGAAUACACUUUUUCUGUCAAACAAGUUUGUCUUAUUUUUUGUACU